CCGGCCCGCGGCGGCGGCGGCGGCGGCGGCGGCGGCGGCGGCGAAGGGGCUUUUUACCCGCAGUUGCCCAGCUGCGGCUGCCGCGGCGGGAUGGUGUAGCUGGGUCUCCGGCCAGGCGGCAGGGCUCGGGCCGGGGCAAGGCGGCCUGGAGGGCCGACGCCGCCUGACGGGCUCGGGUACAGGGGCAGCACGCUGAGGGGGCGUCGCCGCCGCCGGCCCCCGGCGCCGCCGCGGGAGGCCGCGCCCGCCAUGGCGGCCCGGGCGGUGCUGGACGAGUUCACGGCGCCCGCCGAGAAGGCGGCGCUGCUGGAACGGAGCCGCGGCCGCAUCGAGGGCCUGUUCGGUGUGAGCCUGGCCGUGCUUGGCGCGCUCGGGGCUGAGGAACCGCUCCCUGCGCGCAUCUGGCUGCAGCUCCGCGGGGCGCAGGAGGCGGUGCACAGCGCCAAGGAAUAUAUUAAAGGAAUCUGUGAACCCGAACUAGAAGAAAGAGAAUGUUACCCCAAGGCCAUGCACUGCAUUUUUGUUGGGGCACAGAGCCUGUUUCUGAAGAGCUUGAUUCAGGACACCUGUGCCGAUCUCUGCAUUCUCGACAUUGGUCUUCUUGGCAUCAGAGGAAGUGCCGAAGCUGUGGUCAUGGCUAGGAGUCACAUUCAGCAGUUUGUAAAGCUCUUCGAGAAUAAUGAGAACCUACCCAACAGCCAAAAAGAAUCAGAGGUAAAAAGGGAAUUUAAACAAUUUGUUGAAGCUCGUGCAGACAGUUACACAAUGGACUUGUUGAUUUUACCCACUUCCUUGAAAAAAGAACUUUUGGCACUCACCCAAGGUGAGGAGAAUCUAUUUGAAACAGGAGAUGAUGAUGUAAUUGAAAUUAGAGAUUCUAAACAAACAGAGUUUACACAGAAUGCUGCCACAGGGCUGAAUAUUUCCAGAGAUGAAAUUGUUCUGCAGGAAGAGGCGAGAAAUAAAGCUGGGACUCCUGUUUCUGAGCUUACAAAACAAAUGGACACAGUCUUUUCUAGUUCACAAGAUGUACUUUUUGUUCCAAUAAAUGGUGUAACGCCAGAUGAAGAGGCGCUUUCCAAAGACAGAGUUUGUCACAAAAGGAGGUUUUCUGAUUCUGAAGAAAGGCGUACCAAGAAACAGUUUUCUUUGGAAAAUGUUCAAGAGGAAGAGCUUUUACAUGAUGGUAAGACAUUAGCUGGAAGUGUAAUCAUUGACCUAUCUGAUUCUUCUACUGAUGCCGAAAAUUUAAGUCCAGAUGUAAAAGACACUACUGAGGAAAUGGAAUACAACAUCCUUGUAAACUUUUUUAAAACCAUGGGCUAUUCCCAAGAAAUUGUAGAAAAGGUCAUUAGGGAGUAUGGGCCAUCUACUGAACCAUUAUUACUCUUGGAGGAAAUUGAAAAGGAAAAUAAAAGAUUCCAAGAAGACAGAGAAUUUCCACCUGGUACUGUGUAUCCAGAGACCAACAGAACCAAAAAUAAAGGUGUUUGUAGCAGCAUAAAUGAGCUUACAGCAGAUUCCACUCCAAAGAAAACACAGACUCACACACAGCAAAGUAUGGUAGAAAAUUUUUCUCAGUUACCAUUCAAAGUAGAAUCGAAACCAUGUACCUCAAAUUGCAAAAUUAAUACUUUCAGAACAGUGCCAAUAGAACAGAAACAAGAAAUCUGGAGUUCAAAUCAGAACUACAUUUGUAAUAUAGACCUUGAAACUGAUGGCCUUUUACCCUCUCUAGCCCCUUCAAGUCCCAAAGAAAUUGUCAAUUUUGUUUCAAGAGGAGCUUCAAGUCACCAGCCCAGAAUUCCAGUUUUUCCUGAAAAUGGUGUGCAGCAGCAAGCAGAACCCUUGCUUCCAAAUAAUAUGAAGUCUGCCUCUGAAAACCGCUCGAGGUGUUGUACCUCUCCUCAGUCUAAGCCAAAUUGUCCACCCCUUUCUCCACCAGUGCCGCUGCCCCAGCUGUUACCUUCAGUUACUGAUGCAAGGUUAGCAGGACCUUCUGAGCAUAUCGAUUCCUCAGUUACUGGGGUUCAAAGAUUUCGAGAUACUCUGAAAGUGCCCUACAAGCUGGAAUUAAAAAAUGAACCAGGGAGGACGGAUUUGAAGCACAUUGUUAUAGAUGGGAGCAAUGUUGCAAUUACCCAUGGUCUGAAAAAGUUCUUUUCUUGUCGUGGAAUUGCGAUUGCGGUUGAAUAUUUUUGGAAGCUUGGCAACAGAAACAUCACUGUAUUUGUCCCGCAGUGGAGAACAAGGCGUGAUCCUAAUGUCACAGAACAGCACUUCUUAACCCAGCUCCAGGAGCUCGGAAUAUUAUCUUUAACUCCUGCACGGAUGGUCUUUGGAGAAAGAAUUGCUUCUCAUGAUGACAGGUUUCUACUACACUUAGCGGACAAAACUGGUGGCAUAAUUGUAACAAAUGAUAACUUCAGAGAAUUUGUGACUGAGUCAGCCUCUUGGAGAGAAAUAAUUACAAAAAGAUUGCUCCAGUAUACCUUUGUGGGGGACAUAUUUAUGGUUCCUGAUGAUCCUCUGGGAAGAAGUGGACCUCGAUUAGAAGAAUUUCUUCGGAAGGAAGUCUUCCUUAGAGAUAUGCAGCCCCUACUCAGUGCCCUGCCAAAUGUGGGCAUGUUUGACCCCAGCUUCAGAGUCCCUGGCACCCAGGCAGCCAGCACCAGCCACCAGCCUCCAGCCCGGAUUCAGGGCACCCCACCCAGCCACUGGCUUCCUCAGCAGCCCCGCUUCCCACUUUUGCCAAACCUUCCCAGCAUCCAGCAGAAUCUGCCCAUGCCAGCACAGAGAUCUUCUGCGGAAACCAACGAGCUAAGGGAAGCCCUUCUGAAGAUCUUCCCUGACUCAGAGCAAAGACUGAAAAUCGACCAGAUCUUGGCAGCUCAUCCGUACAUGAAAGACCUGAACGCGCUUUCCGCCAUGGUGUUGGACUGAAGGCCGUCGGGAACUGGGGCUCUGGGCUGAAGAUGCACUCAAGCUAGUAUCUGCACAUGGCAGCAGGAAGUGACAUAAUGUGAAGAAGCCAGUUUCCCAGUGGAAAUGCUGUUGUAGUGUAUAGAAAAAAAACAGAUGUUUUGUGUAUAAAAAAACCUGGGUUUUCAAAACCAGCUUUUUUCUAUAUAUAAACUAUGCUGCUAUUACAGAUUUAACAUUUUCUGUAAAAGGAAAGUCUACAUUUUCUGCCUGUUCAGAACUGUUUAAUAGCAGUUACUCUUGAGUGUACUUAACAUUUUUAUGUUUUUUAAACUAUUUUCCUUAACGCUGAAAAUAUUGACAAAUGGAUAUGAUUAGCCUUUCUAAAUAAAAAAAGAGUUGCUUUCUUAGGGAAAGCAAGACCUCUUAUAUUUUCUUGAGAUGACUAUGUCACAUCCGCUAACGUGAAGUGUGCUCACCCCUCCCAGCCUCCUCUGCCCUCACCCCUGGAAUUAGAGUACCUAGGAGUUAAUUUUGCUCCUCUGGGGUCUUUCAUUGGAGCCAUUUGUGAGAGUGAACAAGUGGUGCCACUAGAUGGCACCUUGUGCCUAGCCGUUGUUAAUGACCAGGGCAAAGUUACAUGCACAGAACAUCCAGGCCGGAAGAAACUUGAGAGCUCACGCAGUCCAGCCCUUCCUCCCCUCCCGCCCUGCAGAAGAGGGAACUGAGGGUCGGAGUGCCCUCUGUCUGGAGGCGCCCAAGUCCACAGCCGUGGACCGGAUUCCUCGUCCUGGGCUCAGACAUGCUCACCAGCCAGACCCUGACUGACUCUAGAAGUCACAUAUUAGCUUCUGAAGAUACUAGUGGGAUGUGAGGAAGUUUAGUGAAGAGCCCCAUCAUUAUAGUAAUUUCGUGUCCACAACCUUGGGAGACCCCCCCCCCAUGUGAAGUUUGUGCAGCUUUGCCAAAAAAAUGGUUUUCUAUUCUCAAGAAUGACCCAAGCCAGUAAAUAGCAUUAGUAGCUUCUGUGGGGACCCAGAGCCCCAUAUUUAUUUUUCCUGUGUUUGUCUCUCUAGUGUCCUCCUAAGCUGCCCUUCCUGUCUGUGAGUCUUUCUCAGAACUGAUAUCUUAGUGUUGUGUUUUCAGUGUUGCCUAAAUUCUGUGUCAGUGAAAUUCUUUUUCUGGAUAAUUAAUUCCUAACAUCUUUAUUGUUCUCUGGACCUUCAAAGGGCUUCGUAUUUUACACCUGUUCUCUCCCUAGACUGCUCAUGGUCAGUUUCACGUCUGCCUUGUAGAUCACAUCUCUCCCGGUCCCCAGAAACAGCUGCCGAGGACUCGGUGCCGGUUUGUUCUUCAUGGUGAAGGGACUUAGUUGGCCAUGAGCAGACCUAGGUGUCUCCCCCGAUGCUCCCUCCAGGUGUGUCUGACCCCCGCAUCCCUCGAGGGGUGAGUCCAGAGUCCUCCAGGUGGCCAAACUCGUACUUCAAUCAUGUUUUCUCUUGGAUGCCUUUAAGAUGCUUCCUACUGUGGAGCUGCUUGUCAGCAAGGGGGCAGGUUGCCCGAGUCACCCAGCUAUGCACGUGGAGGUAGAAGACUCGAGGCAGGCCGGAAGGCGACAUUAGUCCCAGCCCCUGUGCCUCACCUUCACAACUGAUGGUUUUUAAAACCAACAGCAGAGGUGUGAGGGCUGGGUCUUGCAGUGACUCUGACCUUUGGGGUCAGGGUUUUGUCCAGCAGCCUUGCCAAUCCAGCACUUCUCCUGUUUCAGAGAAGGACCUAGAGGGCAUACCUUGAUUGCCAGGACUUAGCCACAGGUCUUCCUGGAAGGGGGCUGAGCCUCCACUGAUGCCAGGUAGAGCUGGCUAGGCCUAGAGGUCAGGAGUUUUCUGGGCUGUAGAAGUGACUUGACCUUUGACCUAUGAAUUGUGUAAGCCUCUGUGGUCUUCGUAUUGUUUCUGAGAGCUCUACCUGCCCCUUUCCACUUUCUCGGCUGCAGGAAGGAAGAACGUAGAAGACCGAGUGGGAGGAGUGUCAGAAAAGCAUUACUUACUUACCUUGGUAAAUGAAACAAUUCAUGGUUCUUUCUGAAAUCUAUCAAGUUUAGUUAAAUUUAAUAUUUUAAAAUUCAAUUUUCAAACCAUUAUUAAAAAAAGUCAUUACUUGUUCUCAGGCUCCUCUUAAUACUAGGCUCAGUGUUGAUGCUAUAAAAUAUUUCUUGAUGGUCUACCUCCCAUGGAAGAGUUCUAAACUACCUUGGGAGUGUCAGCGGCAGUGCUUCCUGUAACUCCUUGGGGCUGUAGGGGGCUGUCGUGUGCGGUGGCUCUGCAUCCCGUAUUCCAUGGCAUUCCAUGGAAUGAAUAAAGUAGGUGGCAGGGCAGAGGAUGCCACCCUCAUUCAGUAGACUGGUGUCUGAUGCUCAGAGAGGUUGUCCAGGGUUAAAGAAUAAGUAGGUGGUGAUGCUGAGUGAUUCCUGAGCCUGCAUUCUUCCCCAGGCCCCAGGCUGCCGCCUCUGGGAGAAGAAAGACUGGUUUGACCUUUCUGUCAAGUAGCCGGUGUUUGAGACCCUGUAGGCUGCCAGCUAGAAAAACAGUAAGAAGGCCUCUCAGCCAUCCUGGAUGAAGGGUCAGCAUUGUUCUGGCAGGCGUAGCGGGCCAUGGCUGUGUCUCCAGGGACUCUGUGGGCCUGUUGCAGCUUUUGGUGUCAGUGAGAGGAGGGAUGGUUUUGCUUUAUUGCCCAGGCUUAUUGUGGCACGUGUGGAAUAUGAUCCAUGCAUAGAAGCCCAUGAGGCUCUGAGCGUACCCCGCCACUGCCAGGUCCGUGCCCCUCCCCCCAGGCACUGGGCCCCGGCACCACCCCCUCUCAGGCCCAGCCUGCCUCCCACACACCUGAGACGCUGCGUCCUUUGGAGGUCCCUCCCCAGUUCCGCCUCCCCACCAGCCCUUCCGCGUCCCCACCUGUACUUCCUUCCGUCCGUCCGUCCGUCCCUGGGCCCAUCUCCUCUCAUCUCCCAACGGUAGUUUGUUUGGUUAGUUACUCAGACUCCAUUUCUGCAUUAUCUACCUCUCCAUUAUUCCCCACGUACUCCAGAUCCUUGAGAUUAAAAUAACCUGAUUUCCCUAAGGAACUGUUUGUUGCUACUUCCCCCCCCACCCUUGCCACUCUUCACUCCCCUGUCUGCAAACUUGGCCUCCACCCCACCACGUGGGAAUAGUCUGGGAAAGUCAUCGGCGACCGCCCAAUUGCCAAAUUCAGAGGCCUUUUCCCAAUCCUUAAUCUCCGUGUCCGCAUUCAGUGAUCGUAGCAUGACAUCGUUGACCUUAUUUCCCUAUUUUCUGAGAUUUCCCUCACUCCUAAACAGUCUUCAUUCCUCUUCCUUCUUUUACCUAAAGGCCAGUUCAACAGGUGGUUCUCAAACCUUGGACCAGCUAUGGGACUCAUGGUGGGGAGGGCAGCUAUUAGUAAAAAUGCAGAUUGCCGGGCACUACCCCCAGAGAUGUUUAUGCAGUAGCUCUGGAGUAAAGCCUGGGAAUCUGCAACUUCAGCAAGCUCCCUGGAUGGUUCCCAUGCAGGUGGCCCAGGGACCACAUUUUGAGAAGCCCUCACCCUUAGGGGCCAGCACACUUCCCUGACUCCCACCGCCCCUCUUUGCAAUGGCUUCCAGUCCCAGCUCCAGCCCUGCCCUUCACGAGUUCAUGUCUAGCUCUACCUAGAAGCCCUGGGACAUCCUCACAUCCACUGCCCCCCAGACCCUGGGCCUGCGUCUGUUCCUUGCUCUCCUUUCCUGCCCCCCCGCCACAAGAUCUCCUUGUCCACCCUUGUCCCUUUUUGGCCACUGCCCCCCAGUCAUGCUCUCAUGGCCUCCCUGUGGGCGUCAGCCUCUGACAAGUUAGCCCGCCUCUCAGCUUUCCCCUCUCCCUCCCAGACUCCACAACCGCUAGAUUUAUCUUCUAAGAACACAUCUCUGCACACCCCUCUUCUUGUUCAGUGAUCAGUGGCUCUCUUGACCAGAGUGUCAAGUUCAGACCUCCCUGAGCUUAGUAUCCUUGGCUGUCCACCUCCCAGUUGUACCUGACUGCCCACUUUGUAUAGCCCACCUGCCCACUCACUGCAGCCACCCAAUUUCCUCCGUUACCUGUGGGCUCCCACCUCUGAGUGCAUCUCUUCUCUGCUAGAAAUGCCCUUUCUCCCAAACGGCUUCCCCGCUCAAAGGCCCAGCCCUGCGUCCUCUGUACCCUCGCCUAAAGCUUCUGACAGAAGCAGCCUCAUGGUGUUCUGUGACCCCAUAGCACUUGUGUCUUGCUUUCGGCGCUUGCCACUCUGGCUGGUGUCACCGCAGCUGAUUGUGUACCGUGUCUUACCUCCUUUUCUAGACUGUGAGCUCCUCGUGGGCAGGGCUGUCUGUGUUCACUCUCUGUAUUUCCCACAGCACCUAGCACAGUGCCUUGCACUUAAUAGGUGCUGAAUAAAGUCUGCUCAAUUGAA